CCCCCCCGCCCCCACCUCGCUCCGGGCUAGGAGGCAAUUAAGUCCACGCUCGUCUGCCUCAUUCGGAACCAGGCACUUGAAGAGCAAUGGAGUACCUCCACUUUUGCGUGGUGUUUUCGUGCUGGGUGACGUGCGCGAAGGCAGUCGUGUCCACCGACGCACCUCGGGCCCCCGCGCCCAUUCCGAAUGAAAAAUUACUCGUCCUCACCGUGGCCACAGAAGAAACGGAUGGCUUCCUUCGCUUCAUGCAAUCUGCAAAUUAUUUCAACUACACCGUGAAGGUGUUGGGAAUGGGAGAAGAAUGGAAGGGCGGCGAUCUUAGCCGCUCUAUCGGCGGAGGACAAAAAGUCAGACUACUGAAGGAGGCCGUGGAAGGUCUAGCUGACCAGGAGGACCUCGUGCUCCUCUUUGUCGAUAGCUAUGAUGUCAUCUUCGCCGGCGGUCCGCAGGAGAUUCUCAGGAACUUCCAACAAGCCAAUCACAAAGUCAUUUUCGCCGCCGACGCCCUGAUCUGGCCAGAUAAGCGACUGGCUGAGAAAUAUCCGUCGGUCCGCAGAGGCAAGCGGUACCUCAACUCGGGAGGAAUAAUGAGUUAUGCUCCAUACAUGAAGCGAAUGGUUUCACAAUGGAACCUUCAGGACAACGACGACGACCAGCUCUUCUACACGAAAAUAUUUCUGGAUCCGCUGCAAAGAGACUCUCUCAACAUGACACUGGACCACAAGUGCCACAUUUUCCAGAACCUGAAUGGUGCAAUUGACCAAGUGCUUCUGAAAUUUGGAAGCAACCGUGUGAGAGUGAGAAACACGGCGUACGACUCCCUGCCGGUGGUUGUCCAUGGCAACGGCAAUACUAAACUCUACUUGAACUACUUGGCCAACUACGUGCCCAACGCAUGGAACUACGAACACGGCUGCAGCCACUGUGACGACGAUGUCGUGGAUCUGUCUCUGGUGAAAGAGUACCCCAAAGUGCUGGUGGGAGUUUUCAUCGAGCACCCGACGCCGUUUCUGCCCGAGUUCUUCCAACGGUUGACGACGUUGGAUUAUCCCAAAGAUAAACUUCACCUUUUUGUCCACAAUAACGAGGUUUACCAUGAGAGGCACAUGCAGAAAUUCUGGGAGCAACAUCGGAACGUCUUCGGCACCUUAAAAGUCGUCGGACCGGAAGAAAAUCUCAGCCAAGGCGAAGCCAGGAACAUGGCCAUGGAUCUUUGCCGGCAAGAUGCCACAUGCGACUUCUACUUCAGCAUCGACUCAGACGUGAUGCUCACCAACGCGCAGACUCUGAAGCUCCUCAUUGAGCAGAACAGGAAAAUCAUCGGCCCCCUCGUGACUCGCCACAACAAGCUGUGGUCCAAUUUCUGGGGAGCGCUGAGUCUGGAUGGUUAUUACGCCCGCUCGGAAGAUUACGUGGAUAUCGUGCAGAGGAAACGAAUGGGGGUGUGGAACAUUCCUUACAUGGCGCAUAUCUACCUGAUCCAGGGGGGUGUUUUGAGGAAGGAGUUGAAAGAAAGGAACUACUUUGUUCUUGAGAAACUGGACCCCGAUAUGGCUUUGUGUAAACACACCCGAGAGCUGACCAGUCAGAGAGAAAAAGAGUCCCCUUCUCCGGAAUCAUUCCAUAUGCUCAAGCCCCCAAAGGGAGUCUUCAUGUACUUGACAAACCGCGAUGAAUUUGGGAGGCUCCUUUCGGCAGCCAAUUAUAACACUUCUCACUAUAACAGUGACUUGUGGCAGAUAUUCGAAAAUCCCCUGGACUGGAAGGAGAAGUACAUCCAUCCCAACUACAUGAAAAUCUUCACAGAGAACUACUUGGAAGAGCCUUGUCCAGAUGUGUUCUGGUUCCCGGUCUUCACGGAAAAGGCCUGUGAUGAAAUUGUGGAGGAGAUGGAGAACCACGGUUCGUGGUCCGGUGGCAAACACGAGGACAAGAGGAUUGCCGGCGGCUAUGAGACGGUCCCAACGGACGACAUCCACAUGAAGCAAAUCGGCUUUGACAAAGAGUGGCUUCACUUCAUCCGAGAGUUCAUCGCACCCGUCACACUCAAAGUUUUCUCCGGAUACUAUACAAAGGGUUACGCGCUCAUGAACUUUGUGGUCAAAUAUACUCCUGGGAGGCAAUCAUACCUGAGGCCCCACCACGACUCCUCCACCUUCACUAUCAACAUUGCCCUCAAUAACAAAGACACGGACUUUCAGGGUGGCGGCUGUCGUUUCCAUCGAUAUAACUGCUCCAUAGAAUCGCCUCGGAAAGGCUGGAGUUUCAUGCACCCGGGACGACUGACUCAUCUCCACGAAGGUCUACCCACCACCAAUGGCACGCGCUACAUUGCCGUGUCCUUCAUUGACCCCUAAAA